GGCAGUUGAGCAAGAGAACGUUUAGAGUGCACACAAGUCGUCAUUUAGUGUGCGAACUGUGAAGAUUUCAGAGACAAUUGGCAAAUGUAAUUCUUGUGCAAUCGAAUUUCUUAAUCUCUUCGAUCGAACUGGUGAUCAGUGUGUGCACGAAUUAAUUGGGGAUCCAUACAUAGUGGAGUAAUUCUUUCAGAUUUCUUUUUGUGCACAAAUUUUUGCGAAAAAGGUGAAAAAUCGAAAAAAUGGCAUCAAGAUUUGGUAAAUUCGGUGUAACGGCUGUAGGACUGUGUACUGGUACUGCACUGGCUGCCUGGGCAUUCAACAAUCAAAAUGAUUCACCAUACAAGGUUCAAAUGGCUGCGAAAGCAAUGAAAAGAGCCAAGAGACCCCUUCCGUUGCGUGGGGAACAAGUUGCAAAGCUCCAAAGUGGAGAGGAAUUUGAUGUUUUAAUUAUUGGCGGUGGUGCCACGGGAGCUGGAUGUGCCCUUGAUGCUGUUACACGUGGUCUCAAGACAGCUCUUGUGGAAGCAGAUGAUUUUGCCAGUGGUACAUCAUCGAGAUCAACAAAACUCAUCCAUGGUGGCGUUAGAUACUUACAGAAAGCUAUUCUUGGGUUGGAUUUUGAGCAGUAUAAGAUGGUAAAAGAGGCUCUGCAUGAACGUGCUUCAAUGUUGCAAUCAGCACCACACUUGACCCACCCAUUGCCCAUCAUGCUGCCGGUUUACAAGUGGUGGCAAGUACCUUACUAUUGGGUCGGUAUUAAGGCUUAUGACUUUGUGGCUGGAGAUAGGAACGUUAAGACAUCGUAUUAUCUCUCGAAGAAAGAUGCAUUGGAGCUCUUCCCUAUGCUCAAAGGUGAAAAGCUAUGCGGUGCCAUUGUUUACUAUGAUGGCCAACAAGACGAUGCCCGUAUGAAUUUAGCCAUUGCAUUGACAGCAGCCAGGCAUGGUGCUGCUGUCUGCAAUCACGUUCAAGUCACUGAACUUUUCAAGAAGAAGGAUGCGUCAGGAAAGGAUGUUUUGUGUGGUGCCAAAGUUAAAGAUUGUAUUACAAACAAAGAAUGGACAAUCAAGGCAAAAUGCAUAAUUAAUGCAACGGGGCCCUUCACAGAUCAUAUUCGUAAGAUGGAUGAUCCAAAUGUUAAAGGAAUCUGCUGCCCAAGUUCAGGUGUUCACAUUGUUUUACCUGGAUACUACAGUCCCGAUCAGAUGGGUCUGCUUGAUCCAUCAACAUCAGAUGGUCGUGUUAUCUUCUUCCUACCCUGGCAAAGGCAGACAAUUGCCGGGACAACGGACUUGCCAUGCGAUGUGACGCACAAUCCCAAACCCACUGAAGAUGAAAUUCAAUUUAUCCUAACUGAAAUUAAGAACUACCUAAAUAAGGACGUUGAGGUACGUCGUGGUGAUGUCUUGAGCGCCUGGAGCGGUAUUCGUCCACUUGUCUCAGAUCCAAACAAAGAAGACACACAAUCACUUGCACGCAAUCACAUUGUACACGUUAGCCCAUCCAAUUUAGUUACAAUUGCAGGUGGCAAGUGGACAACUUAUCGUGCCAUGGCAAGUCAUACCAUUGAUGCAGCAAUAAAAGCUUGUGGACUUAAGCCUGAGAGUGAGGAAUGCCAAACUGAUGGACUCCUCAUUGAAGGUGCCCACGGAUGGACACCAACAAUGUACAUUCGUCUGGUGCAAGAUUUCGGAUUGGACUGUGAAGUGGCCCAACAUUUGGCUAAAUCAUAUGGGGAUCGUGCAUUUGCCGUUGCAAAAUUGGCCGCAAUCACUGGUAAACGAUGGCCAAUUAUUGGUAAAAAGAUGCACCCCGAAUUCCCAUAUAUUGAUGCUGAAAUUCGCUAUGGGGUGCGUGAAUAUGCUUGCACUGCCAUUGAUAUGAUUGCAAGACGUUUGCGUCUUGCCUUCCUCAAUGUACAAGCUGCCCAGGAAGCCUUGCCCGGAAUUGUGGACAUUAUGGCUGAAGAACUUAAAUGGUCAAAGGAGGAGCAACAGAAACAACUUAAAGCUGCAAGUGAUUUCUUAGCAAAUGAAAUGGGAAUGUUGGUUAAUCGUGCAUCGAGGGAUAAGAUUCCAAUUAAUUUGACCAAGGAGGAAAUUCAGAUGUACAUUAAACGUUUCCAGAUAAUUGAUAAAGAAAAUAAGGGAUAUGUAUCAAUUAAUGAUAUAAGAAGAGGACUCAAGCACUUUGGGGAAGCUGAUAUCCCUGGAGAGGAAUUGCAUGAAAUUCUACGUGAAAUUGAUACAAAUAUGAAUGGUCAAGUGGAACUGGAUGAAUAUUUGCAGAUGAUGUCAGCCAUAAAAUCAGGAAAUGUGGCUUAUUCGAGAUUUGCCAGGAUGGCGGAACUUGAGGAAGAGCAUCAUGAAAAGGAGAAACUCAAGACAAAGAUUAGUGUCGAGAGGUCAGGUGGUGGACUCUAAGGAAGCAGAAAAAGGCAAAAAAAAAAAAAACAAUCAGUCAAUCCCACAUCGAAAUAUUUUCGAACAAAUGACAAGGAGAAAGUAUUCUAAAAAAAAUGGAAUAAAUUAACAUUUUAUUUGUACUUAAGAAUUCAUUGGAAAAGUUUCUUAAAUUACUUUAGAAUACUUUCUCCUAUCACGAAUUUUUGUGACAAUUUAUUAUGUUUUUUUUUCUUUUUAUAUAUAUGAUGUUGUAAUCAAUAUUUUAAUGAAUAUAUGUUUACAAAUUCAAUGAAUAAAUUAUAUUUAUUUGAAAAGAAA